AUGGAACAAUAUGGACUCUCUCAUUUACAGAUUGACUUCCUGUCCCUUGAACCUAUAGUUCCUGUCAUCUUAAAGGUUGAGAGUGAUGCUGAAAAAUUCUCUAUAAACCAGGAUACAGGUGUUCUCUCGACCAAAGGCAAACUAGACUAUGAGGUGAAGAGCAGCUACACUGUGCAGGUGUCGAUAUCGGAUGGUACUAAUCGAGAUGAGACAUCAGUCUUGGUUGAGGUGUUGGACAUCAAUGACAACAGUCCAGUGUUUGAAAGUCACCCUGCUACUGUCCCAGUACCAGAAGAUCACAAGGUGGGAGAUGAAGUGACGUCCGUAAAUGCCACAGAUGCAGAUUCAGGGUUUAAUGGUGAAGUGCGAUACACUCUGUUAGGAGGUGGGGGGAGAUUUAGUGUUGACCAAGAAACAGGAGUGAUAACCCUAGCAGCUCCCCUUGACAGGGAGACCCAAGAUGAGUACCGCUUAGUGAUCACUGCCCAAGAUCAGGGUCGCCCGUCACGUUCAGCUACCACCACUCUGGACAUCUCCGUGACUGACAUCAAUGACAAUGCUCCCAUAUUUUCUGAACAACAGUAUAAGAUCACAGUGUCCGAGCAUAUUGAAGUAGGAACAAACAUCAUAGACCUCAUGGCGACAGACAAAGAUGACGGUGAAAAUGCUAUCGUGACUUAUCACAUUGUCAAACAGGAGCCUUCUUCAACACCACUCGUCUUCACCAUUAAUGAAGAGUCUGGCUCCAUAAGCCUAGCUGGAAAACUGGAUUAUGGCAAAGUAAAGAGUUACACUCUAGAGGUGGAGGGACGAGAUGGAGGAAACCCUGUUCUCACUGGCAGUGUUUCUGUAACAGUGUGGGUUGAGGACGUAAACGAUAAAGCUCCUGUGUUCAGUAAGGACCAAUAUGACGUGUCCAUCUAUGAAAACCUUGCAGGUGGAACUGCUCUGGUGUCUUUGGUGGUUUCAGAUGCAGAUGAGGGUGGGUUCUCUAAAGGUAUCUUUAUCAUGGACAGCGAUACCUUUGCUAUCACUGAUCAAGGAGUAAUAUCACUCAGGAGCGAUGCCACCUUGGAUAGAGAAACUAUAGACAAUUACAUCAUAGAGGUAAUAGCUGUAGACCAGCCUGAUGAUGGUUUAAGCUCCACAGCUCAGGUCAACAUCACUGUUCUGGACGUCAACGACAACAACCCACAAUUCCUUCCUCUCCCAGAGCACAUUGAGAUUCAGGAAGGUGUGUACACUCCCUCAUCACCUGGAGAGGUGUGCGUGAUAUCAGCCACAGACUCCGACAUUGGAGAAAACGGACGUGUCACCAUGACUGUUACCUCUCACAGCAAUAUCUUCAGCUUAAAAGAUGAUGGGACUCUACUAGCCAACGAGGAGCUGGAUCGAGAGACUCAAGAUGUGUAUGAUGUGGUCAUUGUUGCUGUGGAUCAUGGGCUACCACAGGGACAUAACAUCACCAGAGUGAGGGUCAGUAUCACAGACGUCAAUGACAACGCUCCAGUCUUCAGCUUGGACACCUACAGCAGAAGCAUUCUGAUUAAAGACGCCAAGGUUGGAAAGUUGCUGCUGACAGUCUCUGCCACGGAUAAAGAUGCGGGGUCCAAUGCAAAUAUUAGCUACAGUUUCUCUGAAGACUCUUCCAUGGUUGCACUGGACGCUGAAACAGGAGACAUCACUUUGACCUCUGACCUUAGCGAGGUCACAGAAGACACACUGCUAAACCUGACUGCUGUAGCCACAGAUCAUGGAACACCAGCACAAUCUGAUGAAGCUGAAGUCUUGAUUAACUUCAAAAUUACCUCUCUCACUGAUACUGUGGCUUUUGAGAGCUCCUCCUACAACUUCCUAAUCAAGGAGAAUGAACCUAAGGACACAAUAGUCGGGGAAGUCAAGGCAUUAACAGGGAGUCCACAGGUUAAAGUCAGCUAUAACAUCAAGACACACGAAGAUGUCUUCUCUGUGGAUGAGGAAGGAACCAUAAAAGCUCUCAGACAGCUGGACAAGGAGGAAGAGGAGUGGUACAUCCUCACAGUAGAGGCCAUAGACUCCAGAACUCCUCCAAACACUGCAGAGACAAUGGUCAGCAUUCAGGUUGAGAACGUGAAUGAGGCUCCUGUGUUUGAGAAUGAAAGAUAUGAGGCGGAAAUUUUCACUAUCACUCCAUACAAAUUCCCUAUAGUGAAGGUCCAGGCAUCAGACCCUGAUGUAGGCGAGAGCUCAGAAUUGCAGUAUUCCCUGGUGAAGUCCACGUCUCUGGUCGAAGUAGAGCCAAACACUGGUCAAAUCUAUGUACUGGACACAUCCAGUGUUGGGGACGGUCUGUUUCCAUUAGAUGUUAAAGCCACCGAUAAACAUGGACUGUCCACAACUGCAACAGUACAGAUCACAGUGAAAAAAAGCAAAAGUGACAACGUUGUGGUCAUCUCUCUAAACCAGGCCGUGUUCACAGUGGAGAAAAAGAUACCGGAGACUGAAGAUUCCAUGAAGAAAGCUUUAGGUUUGACUGUGAAAAUCCUCAGUGUGAGAGCUGAGGAUGGGAUUGAGAUGCGCACCAUUCUUCGAGAAUCUACAGCCAAGACUUACAUCAGCUUCAUUGCGAUGGAUACUAGUGGUGCUGUCAUUGAAGCAACGGAGGUCAAAGAGUAAGUUAGAAAUGCAAUAUAUUCCUGAAUUAUUUUUUUGCUUUUAAACCCUACUAGGUUUCCAUUGUAGCACAAGUCUAUGCACUU